AUGCAAUGUCCAUCAGGAUUAAUUUGGAGUGAAGAUAAACAUGUUUGUGAUUGGAAUACACCUCAACCUUCCAUUAAUUGUAAUAAUAACAAAGUGAUAAACUGUCGAGAACAUACGACAUGGACAUCUGAUGGUGUUGCCUUUGUGGGUCAAGAUACAAAUCCGGGUUCAGAUUCUCAACAUCUUGCAUCACCAUUUGGUUUAUUUAUUGAUACUGAAAAUGAAAAUAAUCUUUACGUUGCUGAUACUGAUAAUCAUCGCAUUCAAAAAUAUUCUCAUCAAUCAUUAAAUAACGGUGGUAUAACUGUUGCUGGUGGUCAUGGAAAGGGAAAUGCUUCAAAUCAAUUAAGUAUGCCUCGAACUGUUUAUGUUGAUAAAGAUGAAAAUAUUUAUAUUGCUGAUGAUGAUAAUAAUCGUAUUCAACUGUGGUAUAAAGGUGCCACAAGCGGUAUUACAGUGGCUGGUGGAAAUGGAAAAGGUAAAGCAUUAAAUCAAAUAGGUGCCUGUCAUGGUUUAUUUGUUCAUGAAAAAACUAAAACUAUUUAUGUUUCGGAUUUUUAUAAUGAUCGUGUUGUUAAAUUUACUGAAGGAAGUGAUCAAGGAAUUAUUGUUGCUGGCACCGGAGUUGGCGGUUCCAAGUCAAAUCAAUUAUUAAUGCCACGUGGGAUUUUUGUUGAUCAAUGUGAAACAAUCUAUGUAGCUGAUAUGUGGAACAGUCGCGUGCAAAAAUGGGGAAAAGAUGCAACUGAAGGUAUUACUGUUGCUGGAGGACAUGAAAAAGGAUCUGAUGAAAAUCAAUUAAGUGAACCAUGGGAUGUUAAACUAGAUCAAUAUAAUAAUAUUUAUGUUGCUGAUACAGGAAAUUCAAGAGUUGUCAAAUGGUUACCUAAUCAACUUCAUGGAGUUACUGUUGCUGGUGGCAAUGGUUAUGGUAUUAAAUCAAAUCAAUUUAAAGACGCUUAUAGCCUGGCAUUAGACAGGCAAGGAAAUAUUUUUGUUAGCGAACGAUUAAAUCAUCGAAUUCAGAUGUUUCAAAUCAAUGAAACAACAAAAACAUGUUAA